GAAGCAGAGCGGAAGUCACCUUUCCUGUCAGGUCCGUCGGAGAAGCCGGUUCGGGUACUUCCGGUGGGUGUGAGCACGUGCAGGAGAGUUCCGGCCACAGAAAGCAGGACUAGCGAAUAGCCGCACGGAGGACGGGUGCUGUUUUGAAUCAAGCAUGGAACCUUGUGGGGAAGCUCAGAGCCUCACUAACUCCUCCGAUGAGAAUUAUUUUGUGACGUACACCUUCACUGACCGCACUCACAGCAGCCGGAUGGCCCAUAGCAUCAUACAGCUUUGCAUGGAGGAGAUGCUGUUUGCCGAUGUCACUGUUCUUGUAGAAGGAAAGGAGUUCAAGCUCCACCGCCUGAUUCUGUCCUCCCAGAGUUGCUUCUUCCGCUCUAUGUUUGCCUCCAACCUAAAAGAGGGGAGGAAUCAAGUCAUCCAGCUUCACGACGUAAGUGAAAGUAUUUUCCAGCUGCUGGUGGAUUACAUUUACUACGGUACGGUGAAACUGCGAAUUGAGGAGCUGCAAGAGACGUACGAGGUGGCAGAUAUGUACCAGCUCACGGCUCUGUUUGAAGAAUGCUCUCGCUUCCUGGUUCGGACGGUGCAGGUGAAGAACUGUCUGCAGAUCAUGUGGCUGGCAGAUCAACACAGUGAUUCGUUGCUAUAUACGGCAGCCAAACACUGCGCCAAAACUCACCUGUCCCAGAUACAUGAUUCAGAAGAGUUCCUUAACUUGCCCCUGCGGCUGCUGAGAGAUAUCAUUGAAGACGGAGUUCCUUGUUCCCAAAAUCCAACGACAGCUAUCAAAAACUGGAUCAACUUUAACAAGGAAGAACGGGAGGAAUUAUCAGAUGUACUCCUUUCUAGCCUAAAGGAGAUUGGCGAGAAUGUGCACAUCUACCUGAUUGGAAAGGAGGAAUCGCGUACUCAUUCCAUUGCGGUUUCCCUGCACUGUGCUCAGGAUGAUUCCAUCAGCGUAAGUGGACAAAAUAGCCUGUGCCACCAGAUCACUGCCGCGUGCAAGCAUGGCUCUGACUUGUACGUGGUGGGCGGCUCAAUCCCCCGACGAAUGUGGAAAUGUAAUAUGGAGACCAUGGACUGGGAGCGUUGUGCCCCACUUCCCCGUGACCGCCUGCAGCACACACUUGUGUCUGUCCCAAGCAAGGAUGCAAUAUAUUCCCUGGGAGGCAAAACACUGCAGGACUCGCUGUCUAACGUGGUCAUUUAUUAUCGAGUGCAGGAUAAUGUCUGGACAGAAACGAGCCAGUUAGAGGUUGCAAUCUCCGGUGCCGCCGGUGUUAACCUCAAUGGGCAAAUCUACCUGAUGGGGGGUGAGGAGAAUGACCUGGACUUUUUCACCAAACCCUCGCGCCUUAUUCAGUGCUUUAAUACAAAUACCGAAAAAUGCCACGUCAAGCCUUACCUUCUACCCUUUGCCGGGAGAAUGCACGCCGCAGUACACAAUGACCUGGUGUUUAUUGUGGCAGAGGGAGACUCACUGGUCUGUUACAACCCUCUCUUAGACAACUUCACACGUCUCUGCCUCCCUGAGGCUUGGAGCUCCCGGCCUUCCUUAUGGAAAAUCGCCAGCUGCAACGGCUGCAUUUAUGUCUUCAGAGACCACUAUAAAAAAGGAGAUGCCAACACCUUUAAGCUCAAUCCAGCAACCUCCGUGGUAACUGUCACCAGUGGAAUCCGAUUCUUGCUCACCAACUUGCAGUUCCUAUUGGCGUAACCUUUAGUAAUGGAGCAGCUUCCGGUGCCUGCUAUUCCAUAGUCCUUUGAAAGGAGAGGAGAUAAUAAGACAACCGAUGUCCAAAGAAUUAAAGGGACCAACUGCAUCGCUCCAGUGGAUAGUAUAAAAUAUAGUUAGCCAGCUGGCAGCCUAAAUCUCCAGUGUAUUUUUUCUUUAAACUAACACUAUGCUGCAGAGGGUUGAGUAUUAUAAGCAUAGAAACCAAAAUUCUUUCCUGUAUUUGCUUUUGUUGUUACCAUUUUUCUAUUCCAAGUGGAAUAUUAUUAGUGCAGCUCAAACAUGGGAGAUAACUGUGCGUUUCUGUUGUAUUUAAGUUUCUACAAGGUAAGCCGCCGGCCAUGGGGUUGGUCUGUGACAUGCUGAUGGCUUCAUUUACUCCAAAGAAGGGUGUAUCUUCCAUUUUAAUCUCUUGUCAUUCAGUUAACUGUCACCAAUCACUGAAACAGCAUCUGUUCUGAUCCUUCAAAAAAAAAAACAUACACUGGACCAUUUCUAAUGCCUCUGUUCAGACUGCUGUUUGUGUUCUUUUAUCUCAGGCAUGGGAGACUCCAACUACACCGAUUAAGUGGGAGAUACUCAGUAAGGGCUGCAUUUGUUCCCCUGUCAUUGUGUCUGCAGAAUCUGUAACAAUAUUUCUGACUGGCUGCUGAUUGGUUGAGCUCUUCCCAGUCAGGAGCUCCUGGAUAGUUAGAAAUUCUAAAUAAAUUCUGAUAACAAAA